AUGAUGCCCUCCGAAGAGGAAUCCGCUGCCGCGCUGGAGACGAACGAGGCGCCGCCACCCUACCAUGAGCCCAUGGAGACCGCUCCGCUGCCCGGCCCGGGACCCUCAGAUGGCCCCGAGGCGGCCGCCGAGGAGGUGGAACUGACGGACCCGGUAGGCUCCGAUCCCCCAGAGCCCCCCGAGGGCGGCUGGGGCUGGCUGGUGAUGCUGGCGGCCAUGUGGUGCAACGGGUCUGUAUUUGGUAUCCAGAACGCCUGCGGGGUGCUCUUCGUGUCCAUGCUGAAGACCUUCGGGUCGAACGACCAGGACAAGAUGGUCUUCAAGACAGCAUGGGUAGGCUCCCUCUCCAUGGGGAUGAUUUUCUUUUGCUGCCCAAUCGUCAGUGUCUUCACGGACAUAUAUGGUUGUCGGAUAACAGCUGUUGUGGGUGCUGCAGUUGGAUUCAUUGGACUCAUGUCCAGUUCUUUUGUAAGUUCCAUCGAGCCUCUGUACCUUACCUAUGGAAUCAUAUUUGCCUGCGGCUGCUCAUUUGCAUACCAGCCUUCAUUGGUCAUUUUGGGACACUACUUCAAGAAGCGCCUAGGCCUGGUGAACGGCAUUGUCACGGCUGGCAGCAGUGUCUUCACAAUCUUGCUGCCUUUCCUUUUAAGGGUUCUGAUUGACAGCGUGGGCCUCUUUGACACACUGAGGGUCCUCUGCAUCUUCAUGUUUGUUCUCUUUCUGGCUGGCUUUACUUACCGACCUCUUGUUUCCAGUGCCAAAGAUAAAGACAGUGGACCCAAAGGAGGCAACAGAUUCUCCUUUUUAUGUAGGAGAGAGUCCAGCCCUCCAAAAAAAAUUUUCAAUUUUGCCAUCUUCAAGGUGACAGCUUAUGCAGUGUGGGCAAUUGGGAUACCACUUGCACUGUUUGGAUACUUUGUGCCUUAUGUUCACUUGAUGAAAUACGUGAAUGAAAGAUUUAACGAUGAAAGUAACAAGGAGGUGGUUUUGAUGUGCAUUGGCAUCACUUCAGGAGUUGGACGACUCCUCUUUGGACGGAUUGCAGAUUAUGUGCCUGGAGUCAAGAAGAUUUAUCUACAGGUCCUCUCCUUUGUCUUCAUCGGUCUGAUGUCCAUGAUGAUCCCCCUGUGUACUGUCUUCGGAGCUCUCAUUGCUGUCUGUCUCAUCAUGGGUCUCUUCGAUGGAUGCUUCAUCUCCAUCAUGGCUCCCAUUGCUUUUGAGUUAGUUGGUGCCCAGGAUGUCUCCCAAGGAAUUGGAUUUCUGCUUGGAUUCAUGUCGAUACCCAUGACCGUGGGCCCGCCCAUUGCAGGGUUACUUCGUGACAAGCUGGGCUCCUAUGAUGCAGCAUUCUACCUUGCUGGAAUCCCUCCUCUGAUUGGCGGUGCUGUGCUUUGUUUAAUCCCCUGGAUCCACAGUAAGAAACAAAGGGAGAUCAGUAAAACCACUGAAGGAGAGAAGACAGAGAAAAUGUUGGAGAACCAGAACUCUGUGCUAUCAAGCUCAUCUGGACUCCUCAACAAAGAAUCUGACUCUGUUAUUUAAUAUCUUCUUAUAUAUCUGCAUCAGACUGGACUUGCUUUCAGGAGCUAAAGCAAGUUUUCCUUUUAUAUGAAUUGCAAAUUCAAUAUUUUUUUUAAAUCACAUUCUAGGGAUAGUACAAUAAUUGGGAAAUAGAACCAUUUUACUCCAGAACCAGUUCUGGCUACUAAAUAACUCAUUUAUCCACAAGUCUGAAGGCAGUGACUCUGGUAUGUGAAAACAUGUCUGAAAGGCAAAUUAUAUUGAAUUGUAAGAAUUUGAAGCAACUUUGGAAACUGUGAAUGUUACUUAGCUUGUACCAAUAUUUUAAAAUACCUCAAGCUAUACUGAAAAAGGGGUGUAGUUUGGUCAGGACUAGAAAUGCAGUUUCACUUGGUAUUUCAUCUGAUAGGUACCUUUGUUUUAACUUCUACUAUUUGGAAACUUUUUGCAAAAUGUGGCCCUGG